GACUGAUGUCUCAGUGGUGUACGCCACUCUCCAAAUGGGGCUGGACGGGCUUCUCUCCUCUUCAGCGUGGUCGGAGGCUGCCUCCUUCUCUACUCCCACCACUCAGCAGUUCACUGACCCAGAGCCUGAGGGCCACAACUGCUAUGAGGGCUGGGAGGAGGACCUGCUGCCUGAGGAGAGGGAGGUUCCUCUGCUAAACCUCUACCUUACCACCAAGAGAGUGGAGGACAUCGCCCUGAGGCUCGUCUCCUUGCGCCAGGCCUUCACUACCCUGCUUGGUUCCACCCUGAGCAGGAACCAUCUGUUUGUGGCGGGAAAGGUCCUCCUGGGCGGCCUUGUUCAGGCCAACCACAUGGACGAGGCCAAAUUCAUCCGUACCUAUAACAACUUUGUGGACUACCUGAGUGACCCCUCCAAGCGGAAUGACAUUGAGAGGGAGCUGGCUGAGGCAAAGAUCCAUCAUGUGAACAUGAUAGAUGUCCUCUUUGAGCUGGUGCUGUUUGGGUUGAUGACAGCUCAGAAGUCCCUGAUGGUGCACCCUGGUGGGUUCGUGGAGCGUCUGUACGCUCUCCUGUACUCCUUCCUGCCCACUGCUGCCAACAUGGAGUCAGAGGCUGAUAGAUACCUGCUGCUGCUCAAUGUAAGAGUCAAGAGGUUACUUCCUGUUUACUUCCAUAUUCUUAGUGUACUUCCUGUUUACUUCCAUAUUCAUGGUUAACCAGGUUCCAAUGCCAUUUUAGGGGGAGUAUUUCUAAUGGUCUCUCUCCUCUUGAUAAGCUAGUAACUCAGAGCCAUUUUCUAUGUGUUGUGUGGUGUUCUCUUCAGGGCGGACUGAUGGCUCUGCUAGAUGACAUGUUUGGCCAGCAGCUGGCCUGGUACUUUAACCCAGAGUCUCUGGUCACUGAGCUCUCCAGCCUCCUGGAGUACCACUUGGAGAACCUCAUGGCCAGCAUGUAGUCCUACUGCAGGGACCAUACUCCUUUCUCCUUCUCUCUCUCUUUUGAAGGAAUUGAGGACUUGAAGUG